AGAGAGAGAUCAAGAGAGAGAGAGCUUGUCUGGUGUUGUAGCAUUCAGGAGGGAGAGAAAGAGUGAGAGAGAGUGAUCAUAAGUCAUUCAGAUCUUGAGGCCUAAGCAAUAGGUGAGUUGUUAUGAGAAGUAGAGCUAUCCAAAUGCCUUGCGAAGGUUGCUAAAAGAUCUACUUGUGACAUCGGUCGGAGAGUUUCUUCGUUAUGGCUCAUGAAUCCCAGUACAGCCAGUUCUUGCUGGGGAUCAACCCCUUGACGCAGAGCUUGGAGCACAACCAUGAUCUCUUAGGGAUGUUGGAGAUUUCAUCCAGGCAACAGACCUCUCACUUCACCGGCGACUUCGUCCACCGAGAUCUCCCCGAACCAUCAAGUAGGAGGUUUCUGGUGCCAGCUGCCGAGAUGGCAACAGCAGCGAGCGCAUGGCCGGUGGCCGACGGGAAGCUUUGCUUGCCGCUGUUCAACGUGAAGCCCUCCGAUGCGUUCGGAGUGCUUGAGUCCUUGCAACACAGCGUGUCCGGAGACAGUUUGCAGCUGAGAGCGGCAGAACAGCAGCAGCUGAUGCAAGAAAGGGAAGGCUUGGCUGCACCACCACCACCACCCUUUUACUCACACAACUCCAAGUACGUGAAACCAGCACAGGAGCUACUGGGUGAGCUGUGCAGCCUAGGAGGGGAAUGGAACUCACAGGAGAGAUCCGAGAAAGCAAGCCACAAGAAGAAACGUGAACCUUCCUCCUCCUCCUCUUCUUCUUCAUGGCAACAGUCCCUGUGCGCCAUGAAUCAUUUGGAGCUCCAUAACUUAAAGAUCAAGCUUCUCUCCAUGCUAGAAGAGGUGGGGAGAAGGUAUAGAAAGUAUGGCGAGCAGAUGGAAGGUGUGGUCUCGUCGUUCGAGUCGAUAGCUGGGGAAGGUUCAGCUACCGUCUACCUAACAUUGGCAUCGACGGCCAUGUCGAAACACUUCAAGCGCCUCAAGGAUGGGAUUGCUGGCCAGAUCAACGCCGUGAGGAGGGCGAUGGGAGAGAAGGACCCGAGUGCACCGGCGAUGACAAGAGGUGAAACACCGAGGCUGAAGCUGCUCGACCAGUGCAUGAGACAACAGAAGGCGCUUCAGCAGGGGAUGGCGCAGCAGCUACCAUGGCGACCCCAGAGAGGACUCCCCGAGCACUCUGUCUCGAUUCUUCGAGCUUGGCUCUUUGAGCACUUCCUCCACCCGUAUCCCAGUGAUGUUGAUAAGAUCAUAUUAGCACGACAAACUGGAUUGACUAGAAGCCAGGUCUCCAACUGGUUCAUAAACGCAAGAGUGAGGAUAUGGAAGCCAAUGGUGGAAGAUAUGUACGCGGAGGAAACGAUGGAAUUGGACGGCCACUCCAACAGUCCAACCACUGGCCAUCAACACAGCAACAAUCAAAACCCUAAACCUAACUCUACCCUUGAACGGAAGCCACUGCCGGUGCAGCUCCUUGACGACUCCGAAUCGCUUUCAUCCCUCAUCAACAGCAGCCAUCACGAUGACCAAAACCACUCUUUCAGCAGCAAGACAUUACUGCGACAAUCUCAGCAGCAGCACCAACACCACCAGCAGAUCACCGGAGCCGAGAACUUUAGCGUCGUCGACUUCGACUUCUCCUCUGGCAGCUACGCCAGUGAUAACUUGAGGAGCAGUGUGUCACUGACUUUGGGUCUUCAGCAGCAGAGCAAAGGAGGCAUGAGCUCAACGUUCUCUGCAGCCUCUCAACAGCCCCUUCUGUUUGCAAGACAGCACGCUGGCCAUGGCCAAUACGUCGGGUUCUCCAUGGUAGAUGGGGAGGAGGAUCAACCCCUUCCUUACAGGAACUUGAUGGGGAUCCAAAUGCUGCAUGACUAAGAAGAAAAGUUGCAUCAGUUCAGUUCCCUCCUUACAGCUUUGCAUCCCGUAUUGAUGGUGAAACCAUGGCUGAAGUUUCUGUAUAUCUUGUGUCCUAUGACAGGGUCUAAUAGUUCGAUGCAGUCGUUGGUUUGCACAUGUAGGCCAUUGAAGAGAACAUACAAGGAGACAUCGGAAAUUUGAGUGGGCAUUAUACUUCAUAUCCAUCAUGAUAUAAACGUAUUUAAUUUCU